UUGGAGACCUGGGACCCCUCGGCCACCAGUUUAGCUCGCUCACCCAUUCAAAGCCGCAUCGUCCGGCUGUCCUUGCUGACCGCUCCACUAGCGAGUGGCCGGCGGCUGUGUGAGCCCGUUCGGUAUUCGCAGAGGCCUCCAGGAGGGUCCCCAAGAGCCAGCCUGAAACUGACAAGACCCCCCCAGCUCUGCGCUUUCAAAGCAGCGGGUCUUUGCUCUCUCCCCGUUCUCCUUGGAGCUGCUUGGCAGGCGUCCGUGCUCCAACAUGUCUAGCCUUUGGGAUCGCUUCUCGUCGUCGUCCUCCUCCUCUUCUUCCUCCUCCUCCUCCGCUUCUCCGGCUUCGCCCCUGUCCGGAGCUCCCAGCCCCCAGCAGCCGCGGCCGCGCUCCGCCUGGGGUUCGGCGGCCCGAGAGGAGGGCCUGGGCCGCUGCGGGAGCCUCGAGAGCUCCGACUGCGAGUCCCUGGACAGCAGCGGAUUCGGGCCGGAGGAAGACUCUGCAUACCUAGACGGCGAAUCCCUGCCCGACUUCGACCUGCUCAGCGACCCCGAGGACGAGCACCUUUGUGCCAGCCUGCUGCAGCUGCUGCAGGAGAGCCUGGGCCAGGCACGGUUGGGCUCGCGCCGGCCUGUGCGCCUGCUGAUGCCCGGCCAGCUGGUGAGCCAGGUGGGCAAGGAACUGCUGAGCCUGGCCUACAGCGAGCCGUGCGGCCUGCGCGGGGCGCUGCUGGACAUCUGCGUGGAGCAGGGCAAGAGCUGCCACAGCCUGGGCCAGCUGGCCCUGGAGCCCAGCCUGGUGCCCACCUUCCAGCUGACCCUCGUGCUGCGCCUGGAUUCGCGCUUCUGGCCCAAGAUCCAGGGACUGUUCAGCGCCGCCAACUCCCCCUUCGUGCCGGGCUUCAGCCAGUCCCUGACGCUCAGCACCGGCUUCCGAGUCAUCAAGAAGAAGCUGUACAGCUCGGAGCAGAUGCUCAUCGAAGAGUGUUGAACUUGGGGGUGCGGGCGCGAAGAGGCCAGAACUUUGGUGGUGGUGGUUGUCCGUAGGGGGGUGCACAGACAGGAAGUGAGGACUGCCCUAAUAUUUUUCUGUUUAGGGGAGAGAGAGACAAAAGCCAUCCCAGACACAAGAGCAAGGUGGAGCUGGGGGAAGGACAAGAAGGCGUAUAUAUUUUAGGGCGCUCAGCGACCGACCGGCGUGCACGGGGUCCCCCUCCAGUACUGUAGCAUGGAACAAAGGCUGAGGGGCCUAGCCGGAUGUGUAUGUAGCAUGUUACCUUAUUACUUUUAUUGUUACUGACAGUUAAGGCGGCUGCGCGGUGUGGCCGGGCCUGCAAUGACGGCAGCUGGCCUGCAGGGGAUGCGCCGAGGCCAGCGCUGGGGGGAGGGGGAGGCCUUGUUCUGUAUUAUCUAGGGGUCUUUGGGGACCCAAAGUAUUUGUUUUUCAUUCUUUGGUUGGUGGUUAUUAUUUUGGGGGGGGGGAGAGGUGGGAAUCAUGGCUUCACUACUGACCUGUUCUCGGCAGCUGUCUUACAGACGCAUGAAUGUAAGAGUAGGAAAGGGUUGACACUUGAAGAAAAAAAAAAAACAAAACAACUAAAACAAAAUACCAAGAGCUGCAUUUGGCCCACCCCCCACUGAUAUGUGGAGCCGGGCGGGGAUGGGGUGACUGGGGUGGGGGCUGGAACCUCUGCCCCUCUGGAGUGCCAUUGGGGUCUUCCAUCUAGAACUGUUUACAUGAAGAUACUCCUGUUCACGAUACACUUGAUGUCCAAGUGUUAAGACCUAUGCAAUAUUUUUUACUUUUCUAAUAAAAAGAAAAACAUGUUUGUUAUGGCA